AUGCCUCCGCUGUCGGCCUACACUCCGUUUGAAUCGCUCCUCUUCUUCCAGUCGCUCGCCGCCCUCGACACGCGACCCUCCAAUUUCGCUGCCAUUUCGGAUGUCCUGCGCAACAACACUUUCAUCCGCCAGAAUGGUGCCUUUGACGCGGCCAGACUCACGCCCGAGGCGUUGGAAGAGCUCUACAACACCUUGAUCCACGAGGGACUUGGGGAUGCACCGCUCCCCGAUCAGAACGGCCACCGUCCUGACGGCAGUAUAAGCUCUAAUCCCAAGAAGCGCAAGCUCACCAACCCAACGGAGGGAACAUCGCAUACUACAGUCAUCCCAAAUUUGGUCUCUCAUCUCUACGCCAGAUACAAGGAACGCGUUACGAAAGAGAUCAGAAGUGAAGAGAAGAGAUACAAAGAGAUCAGAGAUGAAAUCGAACGGUUACAGAAGGAGGAGUCCCAAGAGGUUGAUGCGGCCGCCGUGGCGGCUCCCUCGGGUCCGGUGCAGGCGCCCGCAACCGCUGUACAAACCAAAGCUGGACCAACACAGCCAGAGCCUAUGGAUAUAGAUAUUAAGCAGGAAGCCAAACCGGUGCAGCCUGCUACGAUGAAUGCCAACAGACCAGCGGAAGGAGUUAUGACACCGUCGGUGGGAAACCAGACGACAGCGGUAGAGCAAGCUAAAUUACCUAUGCCACAACAACUCCCUACACAGCCUGUUGGGCCACAGCAAGGGAAACCUGCGCAUCCUCAACCUCCGCGUCAAAAUGCCCUGCCCAUGACAACUGCUCUUCCACCCCAGGCAAACCCGAUCAAUGGGAAAGCUCCCUCUGUACCUGCAACACAGCCACCAAACCUUGGCUAUCGAGCGCCUUCUCCGGAUAGACGAGCUGCGAAUGUCGAAGUACCAUUGCAACCGUACCAGAUACCACGGCCUCCAGCCACUCCAGCGGCUGAUGCUGCAAAGGCACACCCACGGCCCGAAGUUGUCAUUCCGACACCGAAGGGAACUGGUCCCGCAGUGACUCCUACGCAGCCUGGUAUCCAACCUGGAAAUGCUGCUGCUCGAAGGACGCUUGCUGCACCUGGGCCUUCCUCCGCUCCUCAACACCUCGUUGCACAGCAGCAAUUCCAGCAAUGGACCCCGCAGCGGGGUUUCCAGACGCAGCACCCUCAGGUCUCUCCCUAUGUCUACUACCCGUAUCCGAACCAGCCUGUACCUGGAGCACCUAUGCCUUCGCCAACGAAUGGCCCUCAGAUUGCACCAGCCGUUGCGGGACGAGGUCAUCAAAGUCCAUACCCUCCGUCUGGACCAAUGACACCAGGAGCUGUGCUUCCGGUCAGCCAGUCUCCUCACCCCGGUCUUGGAGGUCAUGAAACACCUGGCAAGCUGGGCCGGACUCCCUCUUACUCCACUGCACUUGGCAAGCGGCCACCACGCCCGUCAAUUGACACAUCAGGUUCACUUACGCCUUGGAAGAGAUCUCCGCGUCUGAGCAUAUCCAGAUCACCAGGUUCUCCGGUACGACCACGACCCGAGGACGUGAGCCCAAUCAGCGAGAAGGCCCCAUCUCCCUUCGGGAGUCCUGAACCAGCGAGUAGAGGUGCUCAAGAGGAAACGCAGAAGCGACGUAGAAAGGGCAGUCUGCCACCACCUGAGGCCGAGGGUCGGGGAGCACGUUCCAAGGCAGAGCAGAAAGGACGUGCAAGACGAGAUCAAAGCACUGCUUCCACCAGAAGCCGUGGACGAUCAGUGACUUCACGGGAUGAUGAUUCCAUGACCGACUCGGGCUCCGUAACCCGCAAAAUCAAGCAGGAAAUGCCAAGCACUCCUGCAGGCAUUUCGGAGGACACCGAGACUGAGAAUAAAGCAUCCGCCCGGCGUAAAGGCACUGCAGCGCAGCUUGAGGAAGGACUGGCCAAGGGAAGAGCCAAGCGGAAGCGUGGAGCGAGUGAAUCCAUAGAAGCAGAUACCAUCCCUCCAGAGCCUAUUCGCAUGGACACCACGCAGUACGUGUUGUGUACGCGUAAUUUCCCUAGGACUGGUGCUCCCAUCAUGAACGAUGUCACAGCUCACAAGCAUGCCUCCAUCUUCGCCAAGCCACUGACUGAGCGAGACGCUCCGGGGUACAAGGAUCUCAUCUAUCGUCCGCAAGAUCUGAAGUCGAUCAAAUCAGCUAUCCACCAAGGAAGCAAAGCUGUAGCCGCAGCCACAGAAGCUGCCAGCACGCCUGCUGGAGAUGGAGAAUCCCCAGCGCCGGGCGUCACGACUCCGUCCAAGAACACGGUGCUGAUGCUGCAAAAGACAGCAGAUCUAAUUCCACCCAGGGGUAUUGUGAACUCGGCCCAGUUGGAGAAGGAGCUGAUCCGGAUGUUCGCCAACGCUAUCAUGUUCAACCCGACGCCUGAGCGCAGCUUUGGACCAGCCUUCCCCAUGAUCACGGAUAGCAAUUCGAGAGAGAGCACCCAGUUCUCAGAAGCAGAGGAGGGCGGCAUCAUUCAUGAUACCCGUGAGAUGUGCGACGAGGUGGAAAAGGCGGUAACGGGAUGGCGUGCCGCUGAAAGGACAGCAGAGGAGGUGGCAAACAAAAGCAUCCUCACACUAAGACGGGGGAGUGAUGUUAACAUGGAUAGUAGUGACGAGACCAAGGGUUGA